GUUGCUUAGGAGCUGGCUGCCAUUACUGACGAGUACGUUUACACCGAGCUCUUGUCUGCGGACCAAUCGCAGGGCCGCUGGACAAUGGAGGAUCCGAGUUUGCGAAGAAUCAUGCGCUGGCUUCAGGCUCGACAGCGGUAACAUGAUUGCUACGAAUACUGGACGAUUCAACAGCUACAUCUUGUCUCACCUUGACUGCCGGCACCAAGAGCAACUUUUCCUCUUCAGGGGGGUGAGGCAUCAUCAACGUUACACCACUUGCCACCAUUUAUUUUAUUUUUCUACAACAGCCUUGUACAGCCGAUGCUGCAAGGCCUCUUCGAUUGUUCUGGUACGGAGUUGUCUUUUUUUCGGAGGCGUGAUUUGGCGUAUGGGCAUGGACACACGGUUCAUAGGCAGCCACAGGGCAAAGGGAUACCUUUUUCUUCUCUUGGUUAUAUUUUUGGUUGUUUGGGCGUCCUAUUUACAUAGGCAUGGCAUGCCACACGACUGCAUGAUAGAAAGCAGUCGUCUUGAGGAUACAAAAUUGGAGGAUAUACGGGUCAUAGAUUUUUCUUUUCUUUCUUGGGCUGCCUGGAGCAGCCUCACCUUUUUCUGCAGCAAAUGAGUUUUUUUUUUUUUUACUUCUACAAAUAUAUUGAUUUUAUUACAGCCGCUGGCUUAUGACGCUAUCAAAAACGAAACUUGAUAUACUGCACUGCCUUUGCCUUAGGUCUUGCUCUGAACACACAAUGCGAUUCCCACCAAAGAUAAUGUCAUGCCAAUACCGG